AAACACUCGUAGUAGUCGUAGUACUUUUCACACAAUUUUCCUUCAAAGUUCAAAAUAAUUCGUGAACUUUCGCCGUUUCGCAGCCCUUUUUUGGCGAAUUUUUGAAUUGAAAGUUGGAAGUUGAUGUGUUUAUUGUGUUAUAUAUGAUGCUCGUGCUUUUAUAAUCAUCGUCUUGACAUAUCUUUAGUAUGGCUUCGUGUUUUAGGACGGUGCCUAGCCGGCUAUGCUGUUCCAGUUACCUGAAAUCCUCCCCAAUGGUUCAUUUGGAUAUGAACAAUCCAUGUUCUUCAAAAAUUACCUCAAACGAAUGUUCCAAACAAAACAAUUGUUUUCAAAUCGCAACCAUUAACAACAUUUCCACCUAUAAAGACAACUUCCCGAACAAUCAGUCAUUAAUACACCAAAAUAUAGUGACUCCAUUAUCAUCGAGUAAUCUGACUUCGCAAGAUAUAAUAAUGUGGUAUCGACGGGAAAGUGGCUUAUUACGUACUUGCCCACCGAUAAGUAGCGAAUCGUUCAAAAACACAUUACUUUUAGCUGAAUCAACGAAAAGUCAAAACACCGAAGAGCCAAAAGAUUGUGGCCGACCGUCAAAUGAGCAUUUGGAAAAAGUAUUUUUAACUUUGAGUGAAGAUUUACCUCGUUUAUUUGUAAAACCCAUGAAUUACGGUAUAUUCAAUCGUGACGUUAUUUUAGAAAAUAAUAUCAGAGGCACUCGUUCUGUAGGAAUAACUUCUUAUGUUUCUCAAAUCGCCCUGCUGAAAGCUGUGGGCCAUUUCAAAUUUGCCCACGUCAAGUUUGUCAUAUUGAAAAUUACCAAACAUCCUGAAGAAGGAACUGUCAAAUGUAGAUGGCGAAUCCAAGGAAUUAGCGCUUUAAGGGCAAUAGCAACAUUUUUCACUUCCAAAACGGGCACAACGCUCCAGAAAAUAUCUGAACCACCUAUCUGGUACGAUGGAUUUUCGAUUUAUUAUCUGAAUUCAGAAGGUGAAAUUUACAAACACGUUAUCGAUAAGAUGCAACCAGAUGAUGAUAAAAUUGUUGAUGAAAAACCUGGUAUCACUAAAUUAGCCAUGUUCUUAGGAUUAGGCCUUGCACCGCGAGAAGAACAAGCUUUAUUUAUGAAUAUUGUUGAGGAUUAUUUUAAGGAUAGUUCGUGCUUGUCUCAAGUAAUGUUGCCUCUUAAUAAAAUCGAAUAAAUAGUUGUUAUUAAUUA